AUGACAAGUAAAAAAAGGUUUUCUAUUUUUCCUUUUUAUCGUUUUGAUGAAAACCAAAAAGGAAUAUUACGUUAUAUUUCUUUUAAAUUACUUUGCUUAAGUUUAUAUAUAAUUGGAUUUUAUUAUGUUUUUCUAAAUAAUUCUUUAGAAAAUAGCAGUUUAGAAAUAUCUAAAAAUUGUAAUGUAUAUAAAAGAAAUUUAGGCAAGUAG